CGCAAACGCAGAAAAGCGCGCACUGGAGGGAGACGUCCUUGAUCCGCGGGAAUUAAUACGUAUAAAGGAAACCGUCGUCGUUCUUGCAGGUUCAUACUGUUGUAAACUAUGCCCGCCAACGAGGAUACCUCCAACGAGUCGUUGGAGCGGAUAGAACCGGGAAGAAUAAGUCCCUCCUUGUCCCAGCGAAAGAUGUCCGGAGGACUGCAAAAUCUCGCAUCUUCACUCCUUCCAGGAGCGACGGUAGACGACGAUUUGGAAAGCAGCAGGGUUGAGGAGCGGAAUUUCCGCAGCAUACCUCGUCGGGACAUCCACGAGAAGCUUUUUAGAGACUUUUUCGAGCUUGUGUUGCAGCAAGCGGUGUUCCAGUCCACUUCCGGCAAGGAGCGAGUGGUGGAAUGGAUGAAUCCCUCAGAUCUGCGGUCUGUGGUCGACUUCUCGUUGCCGGCCGAAGGCGUUAGCCACGAAGAGCUGCUGGCAUUGACGCGUAACGUCAUCAAGUACAGCGUAAAGACAGGUCAUCCGCACUUCGUCAAUCAGCUGUUCUCCAGUUUGGAUCCAUACGGGUUGCUGGGCCAAUGGCUGACCGACGCUCUCAAUCCGUCUGUCUACACCUACGAGGUAUCCCCGGUAUUCUCUCUGAUGGAGGAGGAUGUGCUGCGAGAGAUGCGUCGCAUCAUUGGCUGGAAAGGCGGCGAGGGUCUCUUUUGUCCGGGCGGCUCCAUGGCGAACGGAUACGCUAUCAACUUGGCGCGCCAUCAUAGAUACCCCAACAUGAAGCAAACCGGACUGUCGCAGAUGCCGCGGCUAGUGAUUUUUACGUCAGAAGACGCGCAUUACUCCGUGAAGAAGCUCGCCGCGUUCCUGGGCAUCGGCUAUGACAACGUGUAUUCGGUCAAGGUCGACUCUAGGGGUAAAAUGUUGGUGUCCGAUCUGGAGGCACAGAUCGCUCGUGCCACAAGAGAAGGUGCUGUGCCGUUGAUGGUAUCCAGUACUGCGGGUACCACCGUGUUAGGCGCGUUCGAUCCCCUCAAGGACAUCGCCGAAGUCUGCAGGAAGCACCGUUUAUGGUUCCACGUGGACGCUGCCUGGGGUGGCGGCGCUCUCGUCUCCAGGACGUAUCGUCGUCUUUUGGAUGGCGUCGAACUCGCAGACUCGAUCACCUGGAAUCCUCACAAGCUGCUCGCUGCGCCUCAGCAAUGCUCUACGUUGCUGCUGCGUCACGAAGGCUUAUUGCAGUCAGCGCACGGUUGCGGCGCGAGCUACCUCUUCCAGAACGACAAGUUCUAUGACUCGUCCUACGACUGUGGCGACCGACACGUGCAGUGCGGCCGCCGAGCGGACGUGGUUAAGUUUUGGUACAUGUGGAAGGCAAAGGGUACUCGUGGACUCGAGGAACACGUGGAUCACGUGUUCGCGCUUUCGCGUUAUUUCGCAGACCUCGUGAGAACACGUGAUGGCUGGCACUUGCUUGCCGAGCCGGAGUGCACCAAUGUCUGCUUCCGGUAUAUCCCACCAUCGAUGAGAGACUUGGCAGGCCGACAGCUGGACCAGGCGAUACACAAGGUCGCGCCGAUGAUCAAAGAACGCAUGGUGCGUGCCGGGACGAUGCUAAUGACUUAUCAGCCGCUCAGAGGAACGCCGAACUUUUUCAGGCUCGUGCUGCAGAACUCGGGACUAAGCGAGAUUGACAUGCAGUUCUUCGUCGAGGAAAUAGAAAGGCUCGCUGCGGACCUCUGAUCAGUUCGAACAAUUGUAGAUGUUGUAAAUAGCGGCUUAGUGAUAAGAUAUGUAUGUAUCAUGAGAAGCAAGAAGUUGCUUUCGCUAUACGAUCAUUUAACAUGAUCGUCGAGGAGACGCUCGCGACAGACCUGAAAUUAAGAUUUUUUUGUUCUGUUUCUCCUUUUAUUAAUGGUACACCGCGAAAUCCAUUAUACGCAUUAAUCGUCAUCGACACAACGAUAACAACAUAUCGAGACGCUAAAAAUAUUUACACGAUUCGAAUGUUAUUUAGUGAUGAUUUACAUUUUAUACAUACAAUUUUUCAGAAUGUGAGAUAAUUUCUAUACAAUUCGUUAAUAAUGGAGCGCGCAAAGAUUGACGAUCUUCAACAUCGGAUAUUGAUCGUAAUAAAAAUAUUGCACAUUCUCGAUGCUCGAAUGAGAAACUAGUUCUCACACGGGUAUGCACAAAGUCAUAUAGCGCUUCCUCCCACGUUCCUA